AUUAAGUAUCGUAUGAAGUUCUUUACAACGGUCAGUCGUUGACGUCGUUGGAUUCGACAACAAAAUUAUUGUUUUUGCUAUGGUACGUUUAAUAAAUAUAAAAGUAUUUUAUUUAGUCAACUAGAUAACCUUUCGACUUGCACGUUUUUGAUUGAUAUUAAAUUCGUGCAUAACUAUAAAAUGAUUUUUGAAAUACGGCUUCGAUGACAAAAGAUACAAACAUGUCAGCAAUAGACGAAGAAUCUUUAUUAUCUGACGAAGAGCUUUUUGCCAACGAUUCAAAUGAUUGUGUGGUAACAUUAACAAGUUCAGUCAGUUAUGAAGAUGAGUAUCAGUCAUUGUUAUUUCAGAACAGAGAUCGUAUAAUUUCAAAGUUAAAAAAUGAUUUGUCUGUUUUACCUCCUCCACCAACAGUAACUACUUGUAAAUUUAGCGUGGAUGAUAUAUUAGAAAAAUGGUACCAACAUGAAUCUUCAAAUUCUCCUAUUAAAAAAUUUGGAACAAAAGAAUUAAAAAAUAUUGAUCGAGCAAUAAAUUGGCCUUGGCCAGACGUUGCAAAUGUUCAAUGCUUUGAUGUUUAUUAUAACAUUGAUAACAAAUCAGCAGAAAUGGCAUUGUUGGAAACCAAAUAUCAGCAAAGAUAUGUUUCAAAUGAAACAAAAUCUCUUAUAAAUACAGGGAAUACACCACAACCUAAAAAAGAACGGGGAUUAGUCAGACAAAUCAAACCUCUAGAACAAAAUACUCGUUUAAUUAGAAGAAAAUCUGUUUCAAAACCACAAAUACUAGCAGAAGCCAAAGCAAAAUUAGCUCUUGUUGAAAACAAACGUCGGAUAUUAGUACCAGGGAAACUGAAGAGAGAAUAUAUAAAACCAUUAGAGAAAAGUUACCUUGAAAAUUGUAAUACAAAUUCAAGUUCAAUUGCCCAUAAAAGAGCAUUAUUCCAGAGUCCCGAAACUCAUUAUUCAAGAAAACGUUUUUGCUAUGGACAAAAUCCUAAUUCUGAGGAAUUUUCAGGCCCUGUUAGUGCUGAAUCAAUUUGUAGUGAUACAUCAAACACUACACCAGUUAAAAGGUGGAGUGUUGCACCUUUAAGUGCUUCUUUAUUUGAUAAUGAAUAUCAAAAUAAAUCAGAUAAAGCUAUUAAAACAGAACCAGUCAAAAAAUGUCAAAGAUCAUUAAAGUUUUUUCAUACUUCAGAAUCAGCUACUCAAAAAAAUUUAUUUAAUACUAAACCAAGUCAAAAAGAACUCAGUAAACUUCAUAAACAAAAAUUAUUAUGGGCUGUAUCUGAAGUGUUAAAAGAAUGUGGUAUUGAUAGUCAUCAUAAGCAAUUUCGUCCAUUUCUUCAACAAUUAUUCAAGGUAUGUUCUAAACAAUGGUUGGAGCAAUCACAUAGUGAUGUAAAAACUAGUACUAGUGUAGCGAUGCGUGCUUUGGUUAUGAAGCAUAAAAAUACAGUCUUAAAAUUGAAAUCAAAAUCUCCUUUAAAUAGUGCUAAAGAUAAAGAAAAGGAUAGUGCAUUUAAACUUAAGUCUAUUGCAGAUGUAAAAAAAGUGUUGUUUACAGACAAUACUCCAAAGUCUAAUGUUGAAUUGCAAAAACUUGGAUUAGACCUAAAAAUUAAUGAUUCAUCAAUUAAAAAUCCUGUUUGUGUUGAUGUUGGGAUUGGAAAUUUUGCAGUAUUUGUUGACAUACCAAAAUUACAAAAUAACAAAAAUACUGAUAAUUCAAAUAAACCAGUUUCUUCUGCUUUAGAGUAUUGUUCUAAUUCUAAUUUUGAUAAUGAUUCCAAAGCAAUCCUAGCAGGUUAAUACUUUUACCCAUUAAUUGUCUUAAUUGAUUAGUUGGGUCAAUUAUUAGAAAAUAAUUAUCUUAUAUGUUUAACAUCAAAUUCUUUAAUCUUUUUUUUUUUUUUUUUUGUAAACCUAUGGCUUUAUUAAGUUCAUCUUGCUGUUUAUUUGUGUUUAUUUUCAAUUUUUUUUUCUUUUUUUAGUUUUCAAUUCUUAUAGGUUUAAUAAUAUUUGUA